UUGUGUUCUGUGUCCCCAUCAUCUGGCAUUCUAAGGCCUGGCCAGUCCGUCGAUUUGGUUGUUGCAGUCAACGCUGAGGCCAUCAGAACAAAAACUAUAAAAGGGACUGAACUAACCCUUACCCUUUACCUGGGAAACAGUGGAGCAGAUGGGACACAAGGAAAUGAUGGGCACCAGCCCUAUAGAGAGCUGUCAGUCACCAUUAUCCUCAAGCUUCCAAGCAUCAUCAUCUACCCCCGUGAAGUCAUUUUUACACCGGUACCCUUGGGAAGCAGAAUAGAAACCCACCUCACAUUGCUGGUUAUGGAAUAUCCA